ACACACCUGUUCGAGUUCGGGAAGGCCUGACAUUCUAUUCAGGUAUAGUUGAGGUUUAUAUCAACAGCGGAUGGCAGCGUGUAUGCAAAGACAAUUUCACAAUGGACGAUGCGAUUGCGAUUUGUAAUCAGGCAGGAAAGAGAGACAACUACCAUGGAAAUGUCUCAAUUCACAAUCAAGAUUUCGCAAAUAUUACUGCUGAACAUACGACUCUUGGUGGCUUCGGUUGUCUUGGCGACGAAGCUGAUUUAUACGAAUGUGGAUCCGGACAGUGGGUUGAGUCAGCACAUUAUUGUCCUAGUGGAGAAAACGUAGCGCUUAAUUGCCGUGCUCAAACUCCUGUAAGAUUAAUGGAUGGCCUGCAUGAGGCAGGAGGCAGUGGACUACAUAAGCCUGUACAAGGAAGGGUAGAAAUCCAGUAUAGGAGGUUUGACCAGAGUUUACAAAAGUACCGUGAUGAUCAUUGGGGCACAAUUUGUGAUGAUCAGUUUGGAGAUGAAGAUGCCUUGGUGUUGUGCUCUAUGAUGGGAUACUCUGUUGGUAAGGUAUACCGACCCGAGGCAGAUUAUCCCAUGUUUGGCAAUGAGACAAUUAUACUGGACGACCUGCAAUGUCUUGGAGUUGAAGGAGAUGUGUCCGAGUGUAAAGCACGAGAGUGGGGCACCCAUGACUGCGUACACGACGAAGACGUAGCCAUUUAUUGUAACUACCAAGACAACAUUGAUCCCUGCGACAAAGAGAACUACAAGAGACUCCCUAGCCUGGAAAUGAGACUGGUCAAUUUCAAAACAAAGUCAAAUCCCAUUAAUGACAACAAACUUUCCUUGGGCUGGUACAAUGUUGGCAACAACACUUUGCCAGAUCAAGCACCUCCGAUGAACAGAUGUGCUACAAUUUUCCCGGUGUAUAGCAACGAUCCCAACGCGGUACCCAAACUAGAAGAUAAAAUCAAGUAUUUCAAGGCAGAACAGUCGGGAGAUUCCAGCAUAACAUAUGACUUACAAGCAAAGAACUGCGGAGGUUAUUAUGUAUAUCGACUAGGUCCAACCGUAACAAAAGACAGUGCCUAUUGUUUUGGUAUUGGCUCGGAAAUUCCUCCUCCGUCGUUUGUUGCGAACGAGGUUAGUGUUGUUAAAGACAACAAUAAAACAUCAAUCUGGUUUAAAUGCAAGUUUGACCCGGACAAAUCCGAAAAUCUCUACUAUCAAGUAGAGUGGCACAUCAUUGGGAAUUCAGAGCAUGUAGUCACAAAACAAUACUGCAACAAGACCGACUUGUCACCGUGUUAUCUGACGCACAAGGAUCUAGAAGAUAUGAAUAUCGGCAUGGGUACAAAUAUUUCAUGCGCUGUUCGUGCAUUCAACGAACCCAACAGUCAGCCGGGCCAGUUAUCGUUGAUAUCGGACCCAUUUUUUCUGGGUAUCACAGUGCUAACCCCUCGCAUUUCCUUGCGUCGAGGAGAGUAUAAGUCUGUGGAGAUGAAAUUAACAGUUCCGAUAGUGUGCGAUAAUGUGAGACCUUCCAACAACAUCGCAUGUGGGGUCAAUAUUGACUACUUCACACCAGAUUAUGGAACUUGCCCCAAUGCUGAAGGCAACUUCCCAGGCGGAUGUUCAGUGGCACUUAACGAAACUUCAUUUGACAGGACGAUAACUGUGAGCGUCAGUGCUGCGGAAACAGGACAGUACGGCGUUGCCGGGAAGUUCACUCUGUUCUUACAAAUACCCAGAACUAGAGGAGUCGCCCUUUUUUCAGUCCCUUACAAACUGCCUGAAAUAGAGGUUGAAGUACUUCCAGAAAUGGAUCGACAAUGGCGUGGAAAACUAUGUACAGCCCGAAAUGAUCCACACAUGUAUACAUUUGAUGGCAGGUCGUAUGAACAUCACGCUGAAGAAGGAGACUACAUCUUGUACAAGCACUCUGUGUAUGGAAAUGUCGAGGUCCAGCAUAGAAUAGCAAAUUGCACGGAUGGCCAAAGUCGAGCGAAAUGUAACUGUGGCGUGGCAGUAAGGGCUGGACGUGACGUCUACGUCAUCAACGUGUGUAAUGGAUACUUCGACAUUGGCUACAGGCAGUGCUGGGAUAAGGCGUUAACAGUGAAAAAAGAAAACGACUAUACAUACACGAUCUAUUUGCCAUACGGCACUGCAGUCAGGGCGCGGAUAGACAGCGCACCGUUUAUGGGUGCGCAAGGAGGCAGAGUUUUGGACAUUUCCGUAAAUCCGUCUAUUCAAGAUAGCAGUGGGAAUAGUACAGGGUUAUGUGGAUCCCUUAAUGGUAAUUCGGCGGAUGAUUUUGACAAUGAAACGCAAUUUAUAAACGAAUGGAAAGUGCAAAGAAAUGCAUCCUUGUUCACCAACGAUUCGUAUCAUAAAGAUCUUGAGCCUUGGGUUUUUCCAACGUGCACAUGCAAGAAAGCGACCGGAGGAAACGGCGCAUAUUCGUGUGACAGGAGUAUCGCAGGAUGUACCCGAGGGACGCUUGCUGGUUACCAUAGUUGCGGUGAGCUGAUAGAAAGUCGUCCAGUGAGAUCCACGACAAAACAAUCAAGAAAACCAGUGAUAAAGAUACCAGUCUUGCACCAGCGAUUCCAUGUCCGAAAUCGUCGAAGCGCAGACGUAGGGACGGACGAUAAGGCUCGAAGUCUUUGUGAGCAGCAAUUAAAAGCAAUACAGGACAUGUGUUAUAAAAUUCCAGACACACACACGAACGUGUCUUUGGAAAAUUGCGUGCUGGAUAUAAAGAUAACAAAUUCAUCAGACUGGUUAGCGAUGUCAAAGCAAUCCAUGUUGCAAACUUGUCAAAAUGAGAUCCAGCGUAAUAGUACUGUUAUUAAAGACUUAAUUGAAAGAGCGGAGAACAAAAACACAACAAGCACAUCGGCAGAAAAAACACAUAUAACAACUGUCGCUCCACCGACGCUCGCAGAAUUGAACAUUUUGAAAGAAAUUUUAAAAACCUCUGAAACCAUUGAAGAACGAUUUUGUAUGAAUAAUUGCAGUGGAAGUGGUAGUUGCGUCAACGGAACGUGUCAAUGUAGCUCGGGUUUCGGCGCGGUCGAUUGUUCCAUUGAUCUUAAAAAACCACCAAUUAUAUCUGGGAUAUUAGAUCAUGGGCUUUGUGACCAGAGCAAGACGGACUGUUCUAAGAUUGUUGUCUUUGGUGGAGAAUUUACAUCGUCUAACUUGACUUGCCGAUUGAACACAUUUUAUUUUGACAUACACGGGACACCUCACAAUGAAAGUAGACAUGAAGUUCCUGGGCACGCUGAAACAAUUGUGGAGACAAUAUGUCCUCUCCAUGGAUUACGGCAACGUAGAUCCAUUGACAAUAGGUUUGUUGUCGGAUUCCAUGUAUCCGUAAGUAACGACGGUGAAAACUACGAUGACCACAAACAAGGAUUAGCCUACAUAUAUAACUCGCAAUGCCAGACGUAUGGUUUUGCAAAAGAUACAGAAUGGAUAUACACGUUUUCACUGAAGGAUGGGUUCUGCUUUAUCGAAGGCCAGUGCUACUAUAACGGCACUUUUCACAUUUCACAAAAGAUGAUAUGUGAUCCUCUCGCAAACCAAACAUCAUGGACAACGUAUACACCUGAUUGCAAACAGGGUGAAUUUUGCAAGAUGAAGCGUAAUUCUGUCUGCGAAAUCAUGAACACUACAGUACAGUGUUCAUGUGCUCGCGGCUACAAACAAAAUGAAUCAGAUUCAAACAACUGUGCAGAAAUUUCAGAGACAAAUACUGUUCCGGAUGAAGUUUAUGAUGGAAGACACAGUCAUGUUGUUCUUGAAGUUAAGUUGGACUACAUUUUGCCGCAAGGUUUAACAUUGAAUUCAUCAACUACCUACAAACGAUACGAACUUGAACUUCGUACCAAGCUUACAGAAUACUAUAAAGGCCUUCUUGGAGAACAGUUUUCCAAAGUGGUUAUUAAAGAAAUUAAAAUCGGAAGUUUAAUCGUAGAACAUUGGGUGCUUUACGUACAAAAUGAGCAGAAUACUGUGAAUGUUUAUGACGCGUUGACUCGUCAUUCGGAAAGGCCGCUGGUGAUCUUUGGUCAGACAGUUCAAGUGUUGAAUGUAUCAAUUGUUAACAACGAAGGAUGUACAUCGCCUAUGACGUGUAGCAAGAAGAAAUACUCUCUCUGCGAAGUCUGGGAAGGUGUAACGCGGUGUUCUUGCAUUCGAGGUUACUUCGAAAGUGAAACUACCCCAAUCACAUGUGUCGAAAAUACCCAUGCAAUUAUUGUGCCGGACGAAAACGCAUUGUCUGAUGACGCCCAUGGGGUCUUGCAAGUGGAAAUAAAGUUGGGCUACUCAUUACCUCUGCACAAAUCCUUAAAUGCGUCCGACACUUACGAUCAUUAUGUAAAAGAACUUAACACAUCGUUGACCGAGUUCUACAAAGACGAAAUAGGGCAUUGGCUUUCGAAAGUAGUCAUUCGAGAUAUAAGACAAGGAAGUCUGUAUGUGGACCACUUAGUUGUAUAUGAAAAGCGCGAACAAAUUUUGAGCGAUGUGACACAGGCGGUUGUAAAAUUGGCCGAGAACGGUCUUGUAAUUUCUGGUAAAACGUACAACGUCACCAAUGCUUUCAUUGGUAAAGAAAAAGUUCCUUUACACGACACUACGGAAGAAAAGAAGUCUGAAAAAUGUCGUGUAUAUACUAGUAUCCAUCCAUGUAACGAUGACGAACAAUGUGAGGUUGACGAUUCGGUCGUUCGUUGUGUAAAAAAGAAAACUACACAAGAUUCCGACUCGAAACUGCUCGUAAUAGUUUCGGCUACAGUUGGUUGUGCUUUGUUCCUAAUCAUUGUCGUGCUGGUGAUCAUUGUGUGCAAAAAGAAAGCCAAGCAGCCACUUGAGAUCGACCAUCUUGAACCGAAGGUGCACGACAACACGUACCAAGACAUCUCCGCACGGGAAAUGUCCGUGUUCAAUGAUGACAAGUCGGAUGUGUACAAGAUCCCUCGCGCCAAACUGUCUGGGUCCCAGCUUGCCUUUAAACAGAGUCUAGCUGCAGACGUCAGGCCAAGCUCUCUGUAUGAGAGAAAUCGCCGUGAGGCAGAGGCCGAUAGAAACCGAUAUGAUGGGCUGCCACAACGAGGUCAAAGUUACUACAAUACUGGCAUGCAGUUGUAACACGUGGAUGUUAUUUGUGUGUGUGGCUUAAAUGCCUUAACAAUUAUGUAGUUUAACAUUAAGUGUAUCCAAGAAUUUUGUGUGUGCUAAUUUUGUUAAAUGCAAAGUCGAACAUGUUUAAUUUUUGUUUGUGAACAUGCAUAUAAUCAGACUUUGAUUUUGUUGUAUUUUUAUGUUUGAAAUAGUCAAUACCUAUACACAUGUUUUAUCUUUGUUAGCGUUAUAAAUGAAGUUGUCAAUUAGGAUUCGUAAAUAAAUAAAUAAAAGCGGACAUACAAGUUUUAAACGUUAUAUCCAUCAAAUUAUUCUAACGACACAUAUUCUUCAUAAUUGUCGUAUAUCAUUUUAUUAAUAUGCGUCAAAAAUAAAUGUAAUUUUUUC